CAAAACCAAGCCUUAUUUCAUACACACACACAUGCCAAAACUCACAUUUUUGCCCUAACUUCUAACAUUUCCCAUCAAGAUUUUUCGUUUUAUAAUUUAUAGGAUUUAGUCAAACUCUAGAAAAGAGGCUGCAUUUCGUUGACAUGGAUCGGGUGGCAAAGUUAGCAUCACAAAAGGCGGUGGUGAUCUUCAGCAAGAGUUCAUGUUGCAUGUGCCACGCUAUCAAGAGACUGUUCUACGAGCAAGGCGUCAGUCCCGCGAUCUGCGAGCUGGACGAGGACUCGAAAGGGAAGGAAAUGGAGUGGGCUCUUAUGCGGCUAGGAUGCAACCCGGCCGUCCCGGCAGUGUUCAUCGGGGGUAAAUUCGUCGGCUCUUCUAAUACCAUCAUGACCCUCCACCUCAAUGGCACCUUGAAGAACCUGCUCAAAAAUGCAGGCGCUUUAUGGCUUUGAUUAACCAUAUACUACAAGAGCCAGCAGUAUGCCGUUAUAGUAAUUCUGAAUAAGCUUAAUUAAACUCCAAGUUUGAUUUUUUUUUUUUUUCCUCCUUUUUAGUAUACAUUCGGCUGCCUGCUUUUGUACAAACAAUAAUCAAUACAGAUCUAAUAUUAAU